AUGUUUAAGUUAUAAUAUCUUAAUGAGGACGAGAAUCUUAUGAUAAGUGAGAAAUUAAGCACGAUAAUUGGAUAGGUAUAAUUGAUAUUUAUGAAAUGUAUAAUUUUAGUUUAAUUUUAGGGAAAGCUAAGUUAUAACAAAGGUAAAUAUUAAAAGGGAAGUUGGGAGAUAUUAGUUAAAAGAAGAAUUUAAAUUAAUGUAAAUAUUUAGUGAAAUUAUAAUAAUUACGGAAAUAAGAAUGA